AUUUCAUCAACCUAAUUUUCAUCAUGGCGGCCAGUGCCAAAAUGUCGUUCAACUAUUACCAAAAUGGAAAAUAUGGAACUCUACCUGCAAAUCCACAGAAGGAUGUGGAGGUUACAAAUGACAUGCAUCUCAAGAUGUCUAAGAAAAUUGCUCAGCUCACAAAGGUCAUUUAUGCCCUUAACACCAAGAAUGACGAACAUGACGGUGCAAUUCAGAGUCUUAAAGACCAACACGAAGAAGAAAUGCAAAAAAUUUUGGUUGAAACAAAAGAUAAAAUUAUGGUUUUCAAACGGAAACUGGAUGAGGAUAGUGACUACAGAAGGAAAAUCACUCAUCUAGAGAACACAAUUUUCGAACAUGAAAAGCACAAAAAAGAUUCCAUGCAACAAUUUGAAUCAUUUAAAAGUCAAGCUGACGACAGAGAGAUGAAAUUAAAGAAAGAAAAUUCAGAAAAAAUGCUAUCAGUAUCGCAUGAUGUUUUAUUGGCAAAGAAAGACUUUGAAGACCAAUUAGCUAAAUUUGAUGCAUGGAAAAAAAAGGUUGACUCAGAAAAAGAGAAAAGUUUACAAGACUUGAAAAAUGCACAUGAAAAAGAAAUGGAGGAUGUAAGACAGUUUCAUCGGGGUCAAAACAGUGAUUGGUUAAAUGAGGUGGCAAAGGUCGAAAACAAAUACAAAAGUGAAGUUGAGGAAUUAAAUUCAAAAAUUGAACAGUUAAACACAGACAAAAGCAAAUCAUCAGAAGACUAUGAACAAAAAUUGAGCAAAGCUCAGGCAUUUUAUGAAAAGGAAUUAGCCGCUAUUAAAAAUUCUAAAGACAUGAAUCAAGAACAAUUAUCAGCUGCGCUACGAGAAGAACAAGAGCGAUUGAAAAAGGAAUUUGCAGUACAACAAAAUGAAAUGAAAAAAAGAAUUGACAGUUUAGUUGAACAAUUAUCUUUAAGUGAAGAUGAAACAGAAAAAUAUAAAAAGCAACUUGCAGAUUUAGAAUCAAGUUUAAAUGAUAAGGAUGAAAAUUCUUCUGCAUUGCAACAACAGCUGAAAGAUGCCAAACAGAAAGCUUCAGAAGCAAUGACAAAGUUAAAAGAAUUAGAAUCAGAUUUAAUGGUAACUAAAGAAAGAUGUCAAGAACAAGCCAAAGACCUACUCACCAAAUCUGGUCAAAUUGGUGAAUUAGAAGGUACAAAUAUUCAGAAAACAUCAAAGAUUGCAGAUUUACAGAAGGAAAUAAGUCGUUUAAAGGACAGACUUUCAUGGCUAGAAUCAGAGAGAAAAACACUUGAAAGUGAAAAAGAUUCAUUGUCAGAAGAAAAGUUGUCACAACUAAGAUCUCUUGAACAGUCAUUAGAGGAUCUGUCUGUAGAAAAGGAGACAUUAGUCACCCGUUAUGAAAAAGAAAUACAGACACUGGUAGAAAAAUCUGAAAAACAGAUCAAAGAACUGGCAGAGAAACAUGCAAGAGAAAUGUUAGAUCUGAAAAAGUCAACGGAGACCGAAAUGUCUCACCAAAAACAAAAGUCAGAGAAUUACUUGUCAGAAUGUAAACAGCAAUUGAUGAAGAAAUACACAGAUGACACCACACAUCUGAUAUCUGAAAAAGAUAAACUGAAAGAUGAAUAUGAGAGAAUAAAAUCAGAAUUAACAGUUAGAUUAGAAAAUUCUGAAAAAGAGGUUGCAAGAUUGAAUGCUAUACUACAAGAUAGUGAGGCUGGUCUGGGAUCUGCAUCUAGUAAGAUUAACAGUCUAAAAGAUGCUUCAAUGCAGCUUCAAACAGAUCUGGAGAAGACGAGGAAUGAACUUCGAACAGCCAAAAAUGAUGCUGCAACUUAUAAGGCUGAACUUAAUAAAUUACGAGCCAUGUAUGACAGCAAAAUGAAAGAAGCCAAAAUAGAUCUACAAAAUCAACUAGAUAAGUUAUCAAAGGAUUUGGAGGGUAAAUGGUCAGAAACAUUAAGAACUGAAUCAUCUAGAUUAAAACAUGACAUCACGCAGCAGAAGGACGACGAAAGAAAAGCUGCUUUGCAGCAAUUGUCAAAACUUAAAGAUGAGGAAAUGAAAGCAGGCAAAGCUGGGUUAGAAAAAAUCAUUGCUGAGAUGCAGAAACAGAUGGCCAGUAUGGAAAGUAAAAUAUCAAAGAGUUACUCUGAAUCAGCUGAGGAAAUAGAGAGAUUGAGAAAGGAGGCUGAAGAAGAGAAAAGAAAACUACAUAGAAAUAUGGUAGAGGCUCAAGAUGAAUACUCACAAAACGUCAAACUUAUAGAGUCCUCGCAUGAACAAGAAAAAGAAAAGUUACUGAGGCAGAAAAAUGAAGAUGCUGAGGAAUUAGAGAGAAAAAUGAAGUCAGCACAUAUGGAAGAUAUGCAAGUUCAUUUGACAGCUCACAAAGCAGCUGUAGAAGGUGUAAAGUCAGAAGCAGAAGAUAAACGUCUUGCUGAUCUGGAAACACAGUCAAAGAAACACAAUGAAAAAAUAGCUAAUAUUAGAGAUGAGCUAUCAACUCAGCAUCAACAGUUUGUAGAAGAAGUAGAAAAGAGCCAUGCUUCACAGAUGCACACAGCUAGGAUAGAGCUGGAAAGAUCAAUAGAAAUUUCAAGGCAGAAGGACAAAGAUCAUCAAAUGAAAACAGAAGAGUUACAAAGUGAAAUAGGCCAUAGAGAAAGACAUAUAAACAACCUUAAAGAUGAAAUACAUGAUCUGAAAGACAAUAUUGAAAGAUUACUUAGAGAGUUGGAGGGAAAAGGGAAGGAAAUACUCAAAGUUAGAAGUGAUGCUAAUCUUCAAAUCAAGAAAAAAGAAGAAGUUAUGACCAAACAGUUUAAAAAUGAUUUAGAGAAUGUGAAAACUGACCACAACAAGGAGAUAGAGCAAAUGAUGGAAGAUUUUACUGAAGCUCAAGAAAUACUCAAAGAUAAAAUAUCAGAAACACAGAUAGCUUUACAAGAAGCCUCAGAGAGGUAUCGUAAUAGGGAAUCAAGACCAGAGGAUCUUGAAUUGAUAGAACAACUAAGACAUUCAAUCAUUGAAAAAGAACAGAGAAUGAAACAAUUAAUUGAUGAGAAAAGGUAUUACCAAAUGGAACUAGUCAACAGAGAAACUAAUUUCAACAAAGUAUUCAACACAACUCCCAAUGUCGGAGUAAUGAACCCAUUGCAACAAAAGAAACCAAAGAAAGGGGAAAAGAAUCUACCGAUGAAACAUUCAAGCUCGCCAAAUCUGAAUGGCAGUCACCAAAAACUUGAUCCAUUACCAAACUCUCCUUUACACAAUGGGAACUUGAAUCCAUCACGGCCAUUACCCAGUUUCACGAAAAAAUUUGUAAAAUGAUAGGAUAUUGUUACAAUUGUUAGUAUAUAAUGUGUAUAUGCCAUGCUAGCUAAGUUCAAUGGAAAGAGACAUCAAUAUGUAUUUUAAAUAAAUAUAUGUUAUAAGUAAUCCAUAGAGAUGCCUUAUAUGUUUGCUGGGAAAGUUUUUUUUACAAAACUGCUGAUACCAGCUACUUUUUUUCAAAAUAUGUUCACAUAAUACUGAAUAAUGCAGUAAAAUGAGGAUAAACAUCAAAUGAUGGGAAUUUUGUGUUCUGAAGAUCCUUUGAAUAAAAAUAUAUAUUAAAAUUUUAUUGGUCAUAUCUAGAUCAUUUUGUUUUCACAAAUUUCAGUUAUUGAAAAAUGUGUGUAUGGAAGAAAUAAAACAUAAAUGUGACAAUGAUCUUUUUGACUUCUAUGCAUUUAUAGCAAUUUGCAGUUACAUUGUAAAUUCUUGUGUGACAAUUAUGUAAAUCUAGAUCAAAUCAAGAUGGAAACUUUCUGGAAUACAAUAUUUAUUCAUCACCCAGGUCUUAAUUAUUUUUAUCUUUAUUAAUUAAGUAAAUUUAGUGCUUAUGUAAAUUUCCAUGUUAUCACAUGGUUAUUCUGAUUUUCCCAGUAUUUGCCUUUAGCUUAUUUCUCACUGGAACUAUGAAGAUCAUUGAUAUGCAAAAUACAAAUCAUUAUUAUGUGGAUAAGAAAUGUUUUACAAAUUGAAGACUUUUUUUGUAUGAUAUAACCAUAUAGAAAUAGAAACUCCUUCAAAUCAUUCUUAUAUGAGGCUGUGAUAUAGCAUUUAGUUUUAUAUUAUUGUGAUAAAGUUUAUAUUCAAUGAAGCGUAACUGUGAUACUUUCAAUUUUGAUGUAAAUGUUUUGUUUAUUUGCUAUUAAUAUGUUUUAAUACCUACUAUACAAGUACUAUAAUUCAUUUGGAACCGUCCAAUUUUUGUGUAUUCUUACUUUGUCUUUAUUUACUUUGUAAACUUUGGUUUAUAUUCUAGAAAUGUAUCAAAUGAAGAAUUAAGCUAAAUAGCAACCCUGUUUUAUAAUAAGUGACUCAUAUUGUAGUUAAUUAUAGAUAUUAUUUCAACUCUUAUCUUAACCUUGUAUCUAAAAAAUAAUGAAAUUUGACAUUGAUUUGUUAUGAGCAAGGUCUGCAACCAAGAAUUUAAUAGUUCAUAACACAAUGAUUCCCCACAUGGAAUGAAUAUCAUGAAAAAUGGAAUCUAGAGAAAUCUGCGUUAAGUGAACCCAACCCCUUUUGUUCUAAAGAUUUGUUCAGAGUAAAACAUGUUUUAGCUUACAAUGGGCUAAUUAUUAUCAAUAAUUCAUUGUUUGUCUUGUUACAAAACUUCAGACUGAUUUCUGGUAAAGAAAGGAUUCAGCUUGGACGUAACAAAACUUCAGACUGAUUUCUGGUAAAGAAAGGGUUCAGCUUAGACGUUACAAAACUUCAGACUGAUUUUUGGUAAAGAAAGGGUUCAGCUUAGACGUUACAAAACUUCAGACUGAUUUCUGGUAAAGAAAGGGUUCAGCUUAGACGUUACAAAACUUCAGACUGAUUUCUGGUAAAGAAAGGGUUCAGCUUAGACAUUACAAAACUUCAGACUGAUUUCUGGUAAAGAAAGGGUUCAGCUUAGACGUUACAAAACUUCAGACUGAUUUCUGGUAAAGAAAGGGUUCAGCUUAGAAGUUACAAAACUUCACUGAUUUCUGGUAAAUAAAGGGUUCAGCUUAGACGUUACAAAACUUCAGACUGAUUUCUGGUAAAGAAAAGGUUCAGCUUAGACGUUACAAAACUUCAGACUGAUUUCUGGUAAAGAAAGGGUUCAGCUUAGACGUUACGAAACUUCAGACUGAUUUCUGGUAAAGAAAGGGUUCAGCUUAGACGUUACAAAACUUCACUGAUUUCUGGUAACUAAAGGGUUCAGCUUAGACGUUACAAAACUUCAGACUGAUUUCUGGUAAAUAAAGGGUUCAGCUUAGACGUUACAAAAUUUCAGACUGAUUUCUGGUUAAGAAAGGGUUCAGCUUAGACGUUACAAAACUUCAGACUGAUUUCUGGUAAAGAAAAGGUUCAGCUUAGACGUUACAAAACUUCACUGAUUUCUGGUAACUAAACAGUUCAGCUUAGACGUUACAAAACUUCAGACUGAUUUCUGGUAAAUAAAGGGUUCAGCUUAGACGUUACAAAAUUUCAGACUGAUUUCUGGUUAAGAAAGGGUUCAGCUUAGACGUUACAAAACUUCAGACUGAUUUCUGAUAAAUAAAGGGUUCAGCUUAGAUGUUACAAAACUUCAGACUGAUUUCUGAUAAAUAAAGGGUUCAGCUUAGACACAUUUACAAUUACUUUAAACUUUUAUAUUAAAGGUUUUUUUCCUGGACCAUUUUAAAAAAUUGGUAGUGCUUUAUUGUAAGAUACAGGUUACUGUUAUGUAGAAUCUGCCCUCAAAGCAAUCUAGUGACUGUCAGAUGAGUUUUACUUGUGGAUUGAAUAAGAAAAAACUGUAAUUAAAAAUUGUGGAAAUGGGCAUUUCCUUUAGUGUUACUAAUUUUUUGUUUACAUACCUUGGAACCAUUUUUUUCACUAUUAAAUAAACAAAUCUUGAUAAAUAAUCUUUUUUUUUAAAAGUGACUUUCUUUGUUGGCCUGUAAUUUUAUCAAUGUUUUAAUACAUAAUACUUAAACACAGAUGUUUUCCUUGAUUUUGUGUACUGGUCAUGUAAGUGAAUGGUUGUUAAAAAAAAAGUAGUAUAUCUUUUUUUUAAUAUUUUGUACAAGUCAAAUAAUUUGGUAACACUUUAUGAAAGGACCACUUAUUUUAUUGUUUUCUCUUCAUAUUUUGUAAUGUUUCAGGUCUUUCCUUACACCACUGUUAGAUUUAUGAUUGAUUUUAUUCUGUGAAAUGUCAGUAAUUUGGGUUCAAUCUUGCCACUGUUUCAACUAACAUCUUUGUUUUUAUUUUUGAUGUAACAUAUGGAAAGUUUGUAUAUUUGUGUUAUAUUAAUCAGCUCAAACACAUUGGGAUAGUGCUAACAAUUGGAUAUUUAUAAUGUCUAUUAAAACAAUAUUUGUUGGAUAAUUGUAUAUAAGAGGAUUUUUAUAAGUUGCCUGUUUAUGUCCAAAUUUUAUAAGUCACCUGUUUGUUUCCAAAUUCCUAUUUUUUUAAUCCAAAUAAAAUACCAGUAAUUGUUUUAUUUGUUUCAACAAAAAUGUCUUAAGCACUUAGUUUUUAAUGGUGUGUCCAUACCUAAAGCAUAUGAAAAUAUAAAUCUUCAUGAAGGAAACAGAUUCCCUGAGGUAAAACAUAAUGUAAAAUAAAAGUAGAAAUAAGUACUGUUAUGAUAUUUAAUAACAAGAGUUUGUUUAAAGGUGUCUUCAUUUAUAGUCACCAGCAUCCGUCCAAAUAUUAAUUUCUUGUAUUUAUAUACAAUUUUAGUUUUUUGUUUGACUAGAACUUGAAUAUUUUUUGGUACAGGUAGUUAAUGCUCUCUUAUAUGCAGGGUCUUUUAUUCUGUCGUCAGAUUGAUUCACAAAAUAAUAAAAAUUAUUAAAAAGAUCUUUUGUUGGUAUUUUAUGGUUCUAGUUAAAAGAAAGUAAAAAAAAACAUGAUUGCAAAUUAAACAGGUUCUGUUUGACCUUAUUUAUAUAAACCUUUCUAGAGUUGCUAAGUCAUUUGUUUGUUUUUUAAUGGUUUUGUUAACAUGUAUGAUUUAAUAACACAUUACAUUAUGUUGAGUUGUGGCUAAGUUGAUUUAUAUGUAAGUUUUUUUUAUAGUUGGAAUGGCUAUAAAUAAAUACAAACUAUCAAAUA